AUGAAUUAAUAAUAAUCCCAAGGUUCAACUCCCAGGAGAAAUAAUUCAGAAAUUAGUAUCGAGGCUCUACCAGUAGAAUCUGAAUCAAUAAACUAUUUAUAGAUAGCCUAUAGUUGGCUAACUACAGCUCUUUUGAUAAUGAUACUAUUUAAUUGUUUCUUGACCUUGUUACUUUCAUCCUUCACAUUUAAUCUGAGCCUUAGAAUACCCAUUCUAUUUCUCAGCAUCGGACAUCUCCUAUAUUUGAUCAAAAUUUGUAUUUCUUUUCACUAGAUUCCAGAUUUCUGCUUUGAAUUGUUGUGGGGUGUUGGAUUAAUAUCUUAUUAUAGUUGCUUGAUUUAUUUUGUUGAUAACAACGACUUCUAAAUGCAAUACUUGUCAAUGUUUUUGACACUCUAUACAACCAUAUGGUUGAUGCAAUCGAUGAUUUCGUUAUAUAGGAACAAAGAUCAAGCCAAUCAACAGAAAUUAAUUGUAGUAUUAAUAAGAUUUUGUUUUGUUACUCAGUUAAUGUUCAUAAAUAUGAAACUUAUAAAUUGGUUGUCAAUUAGAUGGAUCUACACAUUUUCGAUAUUAUGGAUAUUUUUAUUAAUUGUGAUACUUUUGAAAUUGUUUUCUCUAUUCAGAUUGUCAAAUCUAAUAAAUCAAUAUUUCAAUAGUAGAGCGGAUUAAAGGCAAAAACUGAUGAUUAACAUAAUUGGGAUGAUUUGGGUCAAUUUAUUUCUUUUUGGUUUUUGUGGUAUGCCUGCCUAUACCCUCUGUAAAAUGUGUAUUUUCUUGGACUAAAAUAUGGAACAUAAUUAUUACCUUUCAAUAUUAACUAGUGUGUUCUAUACUUUGGUCUUUUCGGUAUACACCUUAUAUCGCAAAAAAAUACUAUCAGCUUUUAUAUUAAAUGAAUUAAAACCACAAACUCAAACAUAUCCUGAGGGAGAACUGGAAAUCAUCAGUUUUCCAAGUUCUAGAAAUCAAAAGAAAUUUGUUCAUUAAUGUAGGGAUAACAUUUUAAAUGAUUUUCCUAAACAACUUAUUAGGAUCUCAAGUACCUACUAUCUACCAGAGGAUCAAAGGAAUUAAACUGAAAUAAAUUCAGCUGCUCUUAACAUAAAAUCUCCCACUUUAACUGAAGUAGUCUAACAUGAUGAAACUAUGAAAUAAUGUUUUAAUUGUUUUCAAUAACAAAGUUGUACAGUCAAUAUACCAUGUGGUCAUGGAGGAGUCUGUUCAAAUUGUGCUGUUGAUUGGUUCAAACAACGAAAGGAAUGUUUAAUAUGUAGAAGUUAAAUAUAGGCAAUCUUGAAAGUUGCUAAGGCAGAGAAUCAUAGAGUUAAAGUAGUGGACAUAAUUGUGUCAAAUUGA